GAUCCUGCUUCUUGUGCUUCUCUUCGCCUACGUCAACAGAAGGCCUGCAAAUCUCCCGCCAGGACUAUGGGGUUUGCCCAUAAUAGGGAAACUUCCCUCCACUGAAGUUUCUCUUUGUGAUCAAGUAAACGAACUGAAGAAGAAGUUUGGGAACAUUGUAUCCUGGCGGAUGGGCAGUCGCAUCUUCAUCUUCUUCUGCGACUACAGGACCAUUAAGGCUGCCUUCGCCAAGCUGGAGUUCACUGACAGGCCGGAUUUUUACAGUUUCGAUAUCUUCAAUGAAUUCACGAAGACCGGCGUUAUCAACACCAAUGGCCUGCUCUGGCAAAACAACCGUCGGUUUGCCCUCCGCCACCUGCGGGACCUGGGCAUGGGCAAGACCCGCCUGGAGGAGGCCAUCCAGCGCGAGGCCGUGUGUCUGGUCGAGGACUUCGCGAGGCACGCGGGCCGGCCGGCUCCGCUGCCUUGGUCCAUCAACGUGGCGGUCCUCAAUGUCAUCUGGCUGAUGGUUGCGAAUCGACGUUAUGACGUGGACGACAUCGAGAUCCAAGAAUUCAACAAGCUCGUCAACUCAUCCGUGGAGGACUUCCAGGGCAACGUGAUCUGGUUCGACCUCAUGCCCUGGCUGAUACCCAUCGUGCCCCAUUUCGUCAAGAAGUGGAUGGGCGUGGCGCAGAUUACAGACAAAGCAGAUGUCUUGUUAGAAAAAAUGAUGGAACAGGUGAAGGAGCACAAAGAGACACUCGAUCACGAAAACCCUCGAGACUUGAUCGAUGCUUACCUGCUCGAGAUGAAAGCCAAGGAGGACGACCCUGACUCUACCAUGAGCCUUUCUGACCUGAAAAACCUCCUCGGAGAUCUGUUCGUGGCCGGCAGCGAAACCACGGCUUCGACCAUCCGCUGGGCCAUCUACUACCUGGCCAAGUACCCUGAGAUCCAGGCCAAAGUGCAAAGGGAGAUCGACUCCGUGGUUUCAAGGGACGUCCUUCCCUCCAUCCAGCAGAAAAAUAGCAUGCCUUAUCUGGAAGCUGUGACACUCGAGGUACACCGACUGGCGUCUCUCGUCCGCCUCGGUCUCUUUCACUUCAGCACCAAAGACACGGAGUUCGAAGGCUACACGAUACCUAAGGGUGCCAUUCUAUCAGCCCAUCAGGAAGGCUGCCACAUGGACCCCGCCUUCUGGGAGAAACCUUACGAACUCUACCCCGAGCACUUCCUCGACGACCAAGGGAAGAUUCUCACCAAGAAGGAGGGCUUCUUGCCGUUCUCCCUAGGUCGCCGCCAGUGCCUCGGGGAAUCGCUGGCCCGCAUGGAGCUCUUCGUGUUCCUCUCCGCCCUCCUGCAGAACUUCUCCUUCUCGGCUCCCAAGGGCAAGGAGCUGAGCGUCGAGAAGGACCCCAGUCUGCCCCUAAUCAACAUGCCAAAGCCCAUCGACGUUGUUAUUACGAAAAGGAAAUAGAAUUUUCGUUUUAGUCGAGUAGUGUGUCCUGGA